AUUGUCAAUAAAAACAUGUGAAACCAAGCUUGCACCGUUGAACGGUUUCGCCAUAAUGCCGUCGGGCCGAGAGAAAUACAAGUUCAACGAAUCCAUCGCACAGAGUCACGAUCCCCACUUGGUUUCUAGCUGAAAAUGGAAGUUCCUAGAGUUGCUUUGAUAACGGGAGCGGCAUCUGGUAAAUAAACAAUCUGAUCAUUGUACUGGUCCAGAUGCUGAUGUGUGAUGGAAUAGGCAUUGGGUGUGGUACUGCGCUCGCAUUUGCUGACGCCGGCUGCCGCCGAUUGUGCCUAGGCGAUGUCAACACCAAAGGCCUCGACAAAACACGUUCAUUGAUCCAAACGUGCUAUCGAGAUGCUGACGUGCAAGUUGUGCGCGUCGACAUCUCCAACGAAGCUUCGGUAAGCGCAUUCGUUGACCAUUGUGUCCACCACCUCGGUCGAAUCGAUUAUGCUGUAUUUAGAUGACCUCCUCCCCUACCUACACCAAAUUGAUAGCACUACGUAGUUACCUGUAGGCCUAGCCUACACGUCUUAUAUAGCC